CUCGAACGGACCAAUCGGAGCGCAGCGUUGCAGGAAUUUAAAGGUCUGUGCGGCUCUUUCUGCACACCACUGCAUUUAGCCUGAGCCAGGAACCAUUACCUCAAGAUCCAAUUUUAACCUCUUCAAAAAUGUCUGAAAACGCGCAGCGCCUCACCCAGUUCAAGAACAAAGGCAAAGAUGUCGCGGAGCUUCGUCGCAGGAGAGUCGAGGGCAACGUGGAGCUGCGUAAGGCGAAGAAGGAUGAUCAGAUGUUCAAAAGGAGAAAUGUGGCUUCAUUUCCUGACGAGGCCACUUCUCCUCUGCAAGAAAAGAGCCAGAAUGUUCAGACGACCCGACAGUGGACAGUUGAAGAGAUCGUUGCUGGGGUCAACAGCGGCAACAUCGAUACACAGCUCCAGGCCACACAAGCCGCAAGAAAGCUGCUCUCCCGCGACCGCAACCCUCCCAUCAACCAGAUGAUCAGCGCCGGACUCAUCCCCAAGUUCGUGUCGUUCCUGGGCCUGUCCGACUGCCCUCCCAUCCAGUUCGAGGCGUCCUGGGCCCUGACCAACAUCGCCUCCGGGACCUCGGACCAGACGGCCGCCGUGGUGGAGGGAGGAGCCGUGCCGGCCUUCAUCAGCCUGGUCACCUCCCCGCACAGGCACAUCAGCGAGCAGGCCGUGUGGGCGCUGGGGAACAUAGCCGGUGACGGUUCAGCCCUCAGAGACCGGGUUAUCAAACACGGAGCUGUGGGUCCUCUGCUCUCGCUCUUGGCCGUUCCAGACCUCAAUGAUGUUAAUAGGGACUACCUGAGGAACGUGACCUGGACCCUGUCGAACCUGUGCCGAAACAAGAACCCGUCUCCGCCCAUUAGCGCCGUGCAGCAGAUCCUGCCGUCGCUGGUGCGUCUGCUCCACCACGACGAUAAGGAGGUGCUGGCCGACGCCUGCUGGGCCCUGUCCUACCUCACCGACGGCACCAACGACCGCAUCGAGGUGGUGGUGCAGACCGGCAUCGUCACCCGCCUCGUCAAGCUGCUCGGCUCCGGAGAGCUCACCGUCAUCACUCCCUCCCUGCGCGCCAUCGGGAACAUCGUCACGGGCACAGACGAGCAGACUCAGGCCGUGCUGGACGCCGGAGCUCUGCCCAUGUUCCCCCAGCUGCUGCGCCACAACAAGGCCAACAUCCAGAAGGAGGCCGCCUGGACCCUCUCCAACAUCACCGCAGGAAAAGACUCCCAGAUCCAGGAGGUCAUCGACUCUGGGGUGGUGCCCUACCUGGUGGAGGUCCUGCACAAGGGCGACUACAAAACCCAGAAGGAGGCGGUCUGGGCCGUGACAAACUUCACCAGCGGGGGCAAUAUUCAGCAGGUGGUUUACCUCGUCCAGGCCAACGUGCUGGAGCCUCUGCUCAACCUGCUCUCCUCCAAGGACAGCAAAAUCGUGCUGGUCAUCCUGGACGCCAUCACCAACAUCUUCAUGGCUGGAGAUAAGAUUAACGAGUCUGAUAAGUUGAGUUUAAUGAUUGAGGAGUGCGGAGGGCUGGACCGGAUCGAGGCGCUGCAGUCGCACGAGAACGAGAUGGUCUACAAAGCCGCUCUGAACAUCAUCGAAAAGUACUUCUCUGGAGAGGAGGAGGUGGUUCCGAGCGUGGCCCCAGAAGUCACCACAGACGGUUACGCCUUCCAGAUCAACGAAAACCAAAGCACUUUCACUUUCUAAACUCUAUUCUUGAAGCAACUGUACGGCUCUCCUGUUUGUCUUUUUUUUUUACAUGUGGCUCUUGUUCUGUUUGUGAUGUACAAUAAACUAUUUUAACAUGACUGAGGAAAAUAUAAGUGUAAAUAAAGUUCAGCUCAUGUGUA